AACCCCUCCCUGUUGACCGAGACGGGCGCAGUGCGCGCGCACAGCAGCGGCGCACACCAUUGGCCGAGAGCGCAGCUUUACCUGAAGAAGGUGUGCCAGGCGGACAGCAGGAUGAACUUUUCUUUACUCUGAUCCACUUCAGGGAUUUCAAUUCAUGCUCCUAAGAUCAUGGAGCCCGUAGCGUCAUGGAGUACAGAGAAAGUCACCGAGUGGCUUAAAGGUCUGGAUGCUCCUCUACAGCAGUACCCACUCUCUGAAUGGCAGCUCUCCGGCUCAGAUCUGCUCCAGCUUUCUUCCUCCAGGCUGGAGAAUAUUGGAGUGCACAAAAUUGGACAUCAAGAGCUCAUAUUGGAGGCUGUGGAAAAACUCUGUGCUUUGACCUACAGUGUUGGGGGUGAUAGUUUGCGAAGUUUGACGGAAAAGCUGCGUGCAGUGGCACAUACUCUGCAGAUGAGCAUACAGGGCCGCUGGCGUGUCAAUAGCAAUGAUGCUCAGAGUGCCACCAUUCUGCCACAACAGGUACUGCAAGCGGUGGUGGACGUCGUUAUAGCAUCCAAUGGACUUGUGUCUGUGCUCAACAGGUAUCAGUUUGAACAGCAGACUGGAUACACAGCAAAUGUGAAAGUCGCCGCUCUGUGUAAAGAUCUGGACACCGCUGUGCAUAAAGAAACCGCUGUGUUUGAAAAGGAGAAGGACAUCAUAUCCAUAUGUCGUCAGUUGGUAGCGGUAUGUGACGAGAUUUUGACUGUCAGUCCAUUGCCACUUCUUACACACACCGCACAGCUGGAGAGUGUCGACCUGGUCCCAGCCUCACCUGGAGAUCACGUGGGAAUUGAGAUCACCACCACAGGAUCCAGAAAUCAUUUUGUCACUGGAACACCAACUGAGUUUCCAGCAGAGAUCUGUGAGAAGAUUUUAGAGGGGGAUGAAGUCAUUCAGGUCAACGGACAGAUAGUGGUUGGCUGGAACAGGAAAAACCUUGUUAAAAAACUAGAAGAGAAUCCAGAUGGGGUCACUCUGGUUGUGAGGAGGCUUCCGGGAUUUCUGAAACGUAAGGAGAGCCGAGCCAAGUCUGAGAGAGAGGAGCCUGAGGAGGAAGAGGAGGAGAAAAACAGACACUCUCUUUUGGGGAGGGUGGCAGCUUCAGUCCGCUCUCUGUCCUUCAGAUCAGCGUCAGACAGCACACAUCAUUUCAGACGGGAGAAAUCAGCUCUCACUACGGAUCAAAGCUCCAAUGAAUAUCAGUCAGGCACCUUAAAACGGCUUCAGCCAGGAACAGACUCUCCGCGUGCAAGUCGAAACAGUUUGGAAGUAAAAAAAUCUACAGAAAGAAGUCCUUCCCCACAGGAACUGAACCGCUCCAGCACCAGCUCUUGUCCUGAUAUGGCAGGACUAAGAGAGGAAAAAGAGAAUAAGAAGAGCUCUACUAAAGGAAUGCGGACAGCGAUGAGCCGCAGGAGGGUGUCCUGUCGUGAACUCGGUCGUCCUGACUGUGAUGGAUGGCUCUGGAAGAAGAGAAAAGAAGCAGGUGUCUUCAUGACUCAGAAAUGGCAGAGAUUUUGGUUCGUCCUGAAAGGUCCAACGCUGUAUUGGUAUAACAGCCAGCAGGAGGAGAAGGCGGAGGGCUUAAUCAAGAUCGGCAGCUACAAUAUUGAGAGCGCAGGAGAGCACAAGAGGAAGUAUGUGUUUAAAAUGUGCCACCCGCGCUUCCAGAAUUUUUUCUUCGCUGCUGAUAACGUCACCGACAUGAGCAAAUGGAUAAAUUGCUUACACAAGAAACACAAGAAAUAUGCCCAGAGUCAGCCAGACAGUGAAGAAGACUGUUACAGUGAAACUGAGUCUGAGGAGGAAUCAUCACGUUCACCACUUCCUCAUCGGAAGAAACUCAAUACGAAAACUCAAACUCAAUCAAACACACUUCCUCGAACGAAAGGAAAGCAGAACAGGAUGUCAGAGCCAAUAACCAUUUCACAAGCAACGGGCAGUAAAAUUGCAGGAAAUGUAGAUGAGAUGGAUGAAAUGUUCAACAGUUUGAAAAAAGGAGGAGUGACUCUGAUUGGUCAGAAUCAGCCGGUGACUCACGACCAGCUUCGUAAAUCCUUCAUCAAACGCAACAAAAACCCGGUUAUCAAUGAGAAGAUCCACACACUCCGUGCCCUGCAGAGCACAUUGAAGGCAAAGGAGGCGGAGCUUCAUCUGAUCAACAGGAUCCUGGAGGAUUCAGAGUUCACACCGCAGAAGUAUCGUCAGUGGAAGCAGUUCAAUGAAGAGCUGCUGCAGGACAUCGAGAAACUGCAAAAACUAAAAGACUCACCCAGUACAGACACAGUGAACAAGGCAAGCGACGAGGCGAGAGCACUGAGUCUGAGUGAUGGAGAACAGCUAGUGGACGCAGAGGCUCCUGAUGAUGGAGAGUCCACUCCUACAAAUGCACAGGUGCCCAUGCAAACGCAGAGCACAGACACAGACGAAACAUCACCAGACAGCUACUUUUACAUAUGACACGUCUACAGAACUUACGACAAUUAAAUGUGACCGUUUUCCUCCUGCGCUGUAGGCAAACGUAACUAAAACAGAAAGUGCAACACUGGGAUAACUGUUGGGAUCUGAAUUGCAUAGUAAGAUCUGUCAUCUGGAGUUCAGAACUACUUUACACGUCUGCAAAAGAACAAAUCUAACUUUAGGCACUUGCUGAGAACAUUGAUUAUGCUGAUGUUUGUAGUUUUAAAUAAUAUUUUAGAUGAAUUAUAUUGACAUGAUACAUGUUUGUUUUUACUUCAGGUGAGUAUGUGAGAUUUGCAUAAUUAGGACAACAAGAAAGUAUUCCUUUUAUACAUAUAUUUUAUUAUUUUUAUAACAGAGGGCUCAAUUUACAGCUGGUAUUAAAAAGAUGCAUUUUUGUGUAACGGAUCACAAGUAGACAACACUGAAUAUAAGUGCAAAUGGGGACUGAAGCAUUUUGAGCAUGUCCACUGUUGAUCACUUCUUGAAGAUUUUGAAAACUGGGGUGCGUUUAUGUGUUCAAUCCUAUCAAACAACCACAAAAGACUGCCUAAUCUUCACUUGCUGAACUAAUUAUUAAAGGCCAACUAUUUUACCCCU